AUGGCAUCGGGGGGCUGGGGGGUCGCCCCUUGGUGGGGGCCGCCCCCCCCGGCCCCCGCCCGGCCCCUCACGGACAUCGACUUCUGCUCGGGGGCCCAGCUGCGGGAGCUGACGCAACUGAUCCAGGAACUGGGGGUGCAGGAGAGCUGGGCCGGGGGUCCGCAGGCCGGCCCCGACCUCAUCCAGGCCAAAGACUUUGUCUUCUCCCUGCUCAGCGUGGCCCACGGGCGCGACCCCCGCUUCCCGGCCCGCACCGAGCUCCUGCUGCUCCGCGGAGGGGUCCGCGACGGCUCCGUGGACUUGGGCCCCGGACGGCUGGGGACUUACGCCCGAGGCCCGCACUACGACGCCGCCUUCACGCUGCUCGUGCCCGUGCUCGGGGACGAGCGGGAGGCGCCGCGCGUCGCCGCUGCCACGCCGGGCCACCAUUGGCUUCGCCUCACGGGCACGGCCCAGAGGACGUGGCGGGACUGCCUGGCGUGCGGCGGCCCCCCAUUAGACGAGACGCCCGGUGACGCCAAAGGGACGGGGCCGGCCGGGGAGGGCACGCGGGAGCACGUGGCUGAGGCGGACGACGCCACGCUCUGCCCGGCCCUCGUGGCCGCCUGGUUUUUCUCCCGCUUGACGGCGGCGGCGGCCGCCAGCUUCCCGGCCCCGGGAGGCCCGCGCCUGGUCCACGCCGCCCGCCACGGCGCCGUCACCACCCUCCUCCUGGCCACGUCCACCCCGCCCCGCCGCCUCCUCCUCUACGACCUGGUGCCCGCCGUGGCCCUGCCCGGCCGUCCGCGGGGGGCCCGGGCCCUCGCCUGGGCGGGCGAGCCGGGCCCGGAGCCCGACGGCUACUACCUGGUGCCGGGGCCCGCCCCGCGGGGGCCGUGGCGCCUCUGCUUCGCCCGCCAGGAGCUGCGCCUCAAGGCCCGCGUCCCGCCGCCCCUGCUGCAGGCCCACGCCGCCGCCCAGGCCGUGCUGCGACCCUUGGCAGCCGGAAACCGCGGCCUCCUCCUCGACGACCACCGAGCCCACGACGACCCCGCGGGCUCCGUCGCCUACCUGCUGAAGACCCUGCUCUACUGGGCCUGCGAACGGCUGCCGGGCCUCUACCUGGCCCGGCCCGAGAACGCGGCCGCCUGCUGCCUCGGCCUCCUGGACGAGCUGGCCCGCUGCCUGCAAACCCGGGAACUCCCCCACUACUUCCUGCAGGGCUGGGACCUGCUGGGAGACGCCGACGCCGACGCCUCCGGGAUGGCCUCCGAGCUGGCCCGGGCGAGGGCGGAGCCCGUGGGGGCCUUGCGGGCCGCGGUGGAGGGGGCCAAAGCGGCCAGGAAGGGCGGCGGGGUGGGAGGGCUCGGCGCCCCAUAGAGACACGCUGGUAGA